UCUUACAAGUCCCUGAAAACGUGGCGAAUCCUAAACUUUCGUCAUUCGACUCUCUCUUCUUCUCAUCCUCUCUCUUACAAAGUCUCUUGCUUUAAUCCUUUCUCUGUCUAUAUCUCUGUUAGAUUCUGCCAAUCUUCCGCUCGUCGCCACCGAAACUGUAUCCGAUACUUUUUUUUUCUGUUCUUCCUUCUCAUUUCGGCGAGCUACCUGCCUGAUUCCAGCUAGCACCUUUUGUUUUUAUUAUAGAGAAACUUUAAAAGUGAAGGUGGAGGCUCAUAAGUGGAUAGAUUUAAUCCUUCUCAUGUCAUAUAUUGUGAAUGAAGAAGAAAAAGGAAUUCAUAGUUCAAGCUUGGGCAAAGUUUUUCUAUUGAGUAUAGGAUACUGAGUAUCUGGGUUUGUAAAUAACAAGUGACUCGUGAACUUACACAACCUUUUUCCCGUUAAAAGGAAAUUAUACAACUUGGAGCCAUAAAAAACUUGCAAAACUGCAUCUAAAUUUCCUUUGGUAGCUUAAGUUUAUUUCUCUGUAGGACAUUAUUGUUUGCAAAAUGUAACUGCAAACUUCUCUCACUGUCCUUUAUAUAUAUAUAUUUGAAUUGGAAAAUGAAGUAAUUAUUAUACUUUUGGUUGGGAUUUCCUUGGAUAUAGUCUCAACUUAUUGUGCAUUAUUAUGGGCAGUUUGUUAUGAGAAGAUUAUAAAACUCCUGGGUGUCUAUGACGUCACUCAGACCAUCACUGAAAAGGAAUGCCUUCUUUGAUGGGGGAAAAUGUGGAUUAAAAAUGAAGCGGCUGCCACUUAUGGGAGUGCUGUUUACAGUGAUGUUGUUCAUUGUGUAUAGAACCACAAUUUAUCAAUAUCAGCAUACACAGAUGGAAUCAAAGUUGUACCCAUUUGACACAUUAAAGGAAUCAGCUUUAGCUUCGGGAAUGUUGGGUGCUUUGCCUACGGGUAUCAUACGAGCUAGUUCAGAUUUGGAGUUAAAGCCUCUAUGGUUGACAAGUAGUUCAAGGUCAAAGGUUGAUAAUUAUAGCCGUCGGAACUUGCUGGCUAUUCCCGUCGGUAUUAAGCAAAAGCAUAAUGUUGAUGUCAUUGUCCAAAAGUUUCUUCCAGAGAAUUUUACAGUUAUUUUAUUCCAUUAUGAUGGCAAUGUGGAUGGAUGGUGGGAUCUUACAUGGAGCAAUAAGGCCAUACACAUAGUUGCUCAGAACCAAACAAAGUGGUGGUUUGCAAAACGAUUUCUGCAUCCAGCUGUUGUGUCAAUCUAUGAUUACAUAUUUCUAUGGGAUGAAGAUUUAGGGGUUGCGAAUUUUCAUCCUGGAAGAUACUUGGAAAUUGUAAGAUCUGAAGGGCUGGAGAUAUCUCAGCCAGCUUUAGACCCUAAUUCAACUGAUAUACAUCAUAGAAUUACCAUUCGGUCCAGAAUGAAGAAGUUUCAUAGAAGAGUCUAUGACAGCAGAGGCAGCACUAAAUGUUCUGAUGCCAGUGAGGGGCCUCCAUGCACUGGGUUUGUGGAAGGAAUGGCUCCAGUAUUUUCAAGAUCUGCUUGGUACUGUGCUUGGCAUCUUAUACAGAAUGAUCUAGUCCAUGGAUGGGGAAUGGAUAUGAAACUUGGAUAUUGUGCGCAGGGAGAUCGAACGAAGAAGGUGGGAGUUGUUGAUAGUGAGUACAUUGUUCAUCAGGGCAUACAAACUUUGGGUGGGGGUGGACCUCCUGCAAAAAAGACUUCAACCAGUGAAGAAUUGACCAAGAGAAGUGGUGCUUCACCCAUGGAUCCUCGAAUGGAGAUUAGAAGACAAUCAACAUGGGAGCUUCAAAUCUUUAAGAAGAGGUGGAAUGAAGCUGUAAAAGAGGACAAGGUCUGGGUUGAUCCCUUUGAAGGAAACCAAAAAUACAGAAGAAGAAUAUGGCAGCACCACCACUACCUUUAAUCAUUCAACUCGAACCAAGCAGAUAGAAUAUACUUGUUUUGGUUAGUUCAGCUUCAUCACACAUGCUAUACACAGUGGUACCAUACAUGUAAUCUAGUUUGUGUAGCCUUUAUUUUGUGAUCAUAAUUAUUUCAUUAAUUGGACAUCAAAAGUAGUUUUGUUCUUGCCACUCAGAUUUUGUUUAGUGUAUCUAAUUUGAGCUAAUUUUUCUCCUUGGCUUUUAGAGCCUUCAUAUCUGCAUUGUAAUCAUUAUAUAUUGAUUUCAUCGGAAGGAAAAUUUUUUUGGGAA